CUUAUCCCUCGACUCUUUCUCAUUCAUCCCAAAACACCAUGGCAUCUACCGAGGGCAAGACUAUCACCUGCAAGGCCGCCGUUGCGUGGGAGGCUGGCAAGCCGCUCUCGAUCGAGGACGUCGAGGUCGCCCCGCCCCGCGCUGGCGAGGUCCGCAUCAAGAUCCUCUACACCGGCAUCUGCCACACCGACGACUACACCCUCUCGGGCAAGGACCCCGAGGGCGUGUUCCCUGUCAUCCUGGGCCACGAGGGCGGCGGCGUCGUCGAGAGCGUCGGCGAGGGCGUCGACAACGUCAAGGUCGGCGACCAUGUCGUGCCCCUCUACACGGCCGAGUGCAAGGAGUGCAAGAUGUGCAAGUCGGGCAAGACCAACCUCUGCUCGGCGGUGCGCGCGACGCAGGGCCAGGGCCUCAUGCCGGACGGCACGAAGCGGUUUACGUGCAAGGGCCAGGAGCUGCACCACUUUAUGGGCUGCUCCACCUUCUCCCAGUACACCGUCGUCUCCAAGUACUCGGUCGUCGCCAUCGACCCCAAGGCGUCGCUUGAGAAGGCGUGCCUCCUCGGCUGCGGUAUCACCACGGGCUACGGCGCGGCCACCAAGUCGCCUGGCAUCGAGGGCUCGACCGUCGCCGUCUUCGGUGUCGGCUGUGUCGGCCUUUCCGUCAUCCAGGGCGCCCGCGCCAAGGGGUGCACCAAGAUUAUCGCAAUCGACAUCAACGACAAGAAGAAGGACUGGGCGAAGAAGUUUGGCGCGACCGACUUUGUCAACCCCACGCAGCUGGGCGACCAGAGCGUCGUCGACAAGCUCAUCGAGAUGACGGACGGCGGCCUCGACUUCACCUUUGACUGCACGGGCAACGUGCAGGUGAUGCGUCAGGCGCUCGAGUGCUGCCACAAGGGGUGGGGUGUGUGCAACAUCAUCGGCGUGGCGCCGGCGGGCGCCGAGAUUGCGACGCGCCCGUUCCAGCUCGUCACGGGCCGCGUGUGGAAGGGCUCGGCGUUCGGCGGCGUCAAGGGCCGCUCGGAGCUGCCGGGCCUCGUGGCAGACUACCAGAGCGGCAAGCUCUGGGUGGACCAGUUCGUCACGCACCACCAGCCGCUCGACAAGAUCAACGCCGGCUUCGACGACAUGCACGCUGGCGACUGCAUCCGCUGUGUUGUCGACAUGGGUUUUGGCGAUGCCCAGUAGAUGCGCGGCUCUAGAUAGGGAGCAUGCCAUCGAUACUGGGCGCUGGCUCGGUUGUGUGCUCACCCGACAGACAAACGCUCAUGCUGUUCAUGCUGCUCAUGCUGCUCAUAUGAUGUAUCUACUUGGCUCUGA